UGUCCAGUCCGAGCCCUAACCUCUCUUAAACAGAUUGUAUUGUUGUGCUAGAGGCAAUUCUUAAUGAAGUGACGAUCCCAUCGAACUUCCUCACCCUACCCACUUUUUGAUCACUUCUUUUACCGUGCUAUUGAGUUUUGCGGCGUCAAGCGUGUUACUUCUGCAUCCAAAGCUGACAUACUCUUGUUGUCAGAGUGGCUCUCCUUCAAUAAUUUGCCCAACUUUUUCACAAACCAACUCCAUCUCAUUAUAUAAUCCUGUCCCUAUAAUCUCCUGUCUUGACAUCUCACAAAUCGGCCGUAAAAUAUAACAAUGCCAACAAAAUCUGCCAUCUUGUACAGUGUUAUUGCCCGGGGAACAACUAUUCUAGCCAAGUAUGCUGCAUGCGCUGGAAACUUCACGGAGGUGACAGAGCAGAUUCUAUCAAAAAUCAACCCGGACACAGACAAAUCAACAUUGUCUCAUGGAAAUUAUCUGUUUCAUUAUGACCACGAAGACAGAAUCACCUACAUGUGUAUUACGGAUGACGAGUUUCCAAGAUCGAGAGCUUUCCUUUUCCUCCGAGAAAUCAAGAAAAGAUUCCGUUCCACUUUUGGAAAUAGAGCUGAAUAUGCUGUAGCAUAUGCAAUGAAUGUUGAUUUUGCCCCUGUUUUGGCCAAUGAAAUGAAACAUUUUUCCGAGUCUAAAGACAUAGAUACCCUUUCAAGGGUGCAUGGAGAGCUGGAUGAACUGAAAAACAUUAUGGUCAGAAAUAUAGAUAACGUAGCAAUGAGAGGUGAAAGACUUGAACUAUUAGUCAACAAAACUGAAGAUCUCCAAGCAAGCUCUGUUAAUUUCCGCACUCAGAGCCGGUCUUUACAGCAAUCUCUAUAUUGGAAAAAUGUCAAAUUAUACAUCAUGCUAGGAGGAAUUGUUUUUGUGUUUAUUUAUCUUUUCUUGUGGUCCUUGUGUGGCGGUAUCUUUCUGGGCGGUUGUUUUGGAUGAACAUCAUUCUGGAAUUGUCUUCUGUCAAGCUUCAAGACAGAAAAUAUAUUGUGAUACAUCAAGCUCAGUCUUUACAAAUACUUAUUGUUUGAUAUCAUGCUACAUAACAUGUACUUUAAGCCUUUAAUGAACCAUCAUGGGGUAUAUUCAAACUAAAGCAAAUUUUUAUAUAAUUCUUUUAAUGGCUUUUGGAUGCACAGACAGUUUUUCCUGUUCUUUUCGCUUUGUAUGUGAUUACCUUUUGAAGGAGAUUUUUUCAACACGGAAAUGUCCUCUAAGGCUUUUGUUCUAUUUUAAUUCAUGGUGUCUAGGACCUGGAAAAACCGGGUUCCAUCAGGAAAGGGGAAGAUCUAGGAAAACUACGGAAUUUGUCAUGAAAGUGAUGCCAAAAACUUUAAAUUCCUUUCCUUUCGUGUCCAAAAUGAAAUUAUUCUUAAAGCUGUUGUUUCCGAAUAAUUCCCGGUUGAUUUGACUUUAAAGAAUUUGACAAAAGAUGAAAAUGUUGAUUUUUCCCACCAACUUGGGAAAAUAGUUUUGUUUACUUUUUCAAGAAAUAUAGGGGAAUUUGAGAGGAAAUCUCAGGUUUUCCUCAGGGAACAUUCUGUGGAAAUCAGAGAAUAUCAAAGGGAUAUCACGGAAUGAAAAAAAUCGAGAAUUUUAGACACCAUACCAUUAUUGCAGAGCUCUCUCAAGAUGUCUUUUAGCAUUGUAGCUAUUUAUAAAUUAAUUUGUAUGGUUAAUGUACAGGUUUAUGAAUAAACUUGUUAAAAAAAAA